AUGAUGAUGAAAUUAAUUACUAAACUUUUUCGAAGAAGUAUUUCAUCAUUAAAUCAACAAAGGAAAUUGCAUUAUCCGGCUGUAGAUGAUUUGAAACAGUUGAGGGAAAAAGAAGAAAACAAAAUUGAUGGUGAAUUUGUUCCUGUUGAGUGUAAGCCAACUGAAUUGCUUAAACAAUUGAUGAAAGAUGAUCUGACACUCCAAUCUAGAGUUGAGAGAAUUCAGAAAGAAUUUAAGAUUUAUGAAUACUUCUCUUCUUGUGUGCCUACUGCUUUUAGGGACAAACAUUGGCUUUAUUUGCUUAGGACUAGUGACAUACAUGAGCGUGUUCGUUAUUUUUAUUUUAUGGGACUAACAGAGCAAAGAGAUGCAAACGACAAGCAAAAAGAAGAAGCUAGAAAAGCUGCAAAGAGUGAAAAAUUUAUGGAAAAUUUGGAAAAAUUUGAAAGAGGAGAAAUGGCUUAUGGUCCUCCUGCUUAUACUCUUAUGUUUUAUAAAAGAUCAGUAACUGAAUUUUAUUUUUGGAAUGCUAUUCAAUUAGCAAUGCAAAAUGAAAUGCCUCGUUUACUUUUUGAUUGUCAAUUUCUCCCAAAUAUGCCGACUAAAGAAUAUGGACGUGUUUUAAGAUCGGCUGGGCAUGCUUUUUUUGUUUGUUUUUGA